AUGCGAAAUGGACGGCCAGGAACUUCGUCGGCACCGGCCGGCUCUGGAAACCAGGUUGAGGUCGAUGAGGAGGAGGAUGGGGGGGAGGAGGAGGAGGAGGAGGAGGAAAGGGAUGACGAAAACGACGAGUGUCCGCCGCGUAGCACUAGUCAGCGCACCUUGGAAGAACGGCUCGGGCGGAAACUUGAAUACAUAGAUGAUCUGCUCGAACAGGACGAGGAUGCCGACCAGGAGAAUUUGUCGGUGCCGCGCGAACAGUGGAGGGCGGCAGACUUUGUCGAGGAAGACAUGGUGUACGCGACCAUCGACGUGCUCGUCUUGGACGCCCUACGCCACCUGCAAAUCGUGGAGAGGAACAGCACGCUGAGGCAGUACACCUCGUGGAUUUAUCACUACAAGAGGUGGGCGGCGAAGAUGUUGAAGCAAAUUCGCAACAAGCUUCCGCAGGAGUACAGGCUUAAGCACGUCGACGAGAUAGGGCACUACAUCCGGGACAACAAGAAGAAAAACUGGGACCAAGAGGCCGAUGUCCCCCGGUCGUACGUGUGGCUGCACGUCCCUAGGGUCACCAAGUCCUGGCUUCGCGCAUACGUGAAGUACAUGGUUCGGGAGUUGAAUCUCGAUGCCGAGUCCAGCAAGAAGGGCGACAACGCCACAGGAACACAGCCUGUGCAAUCUACAACAGUGCACACGCUCCUCGGGCGCAUAAAGGCAUGCCAGAUGGCGGCGAGAGUGGAGGCGACGAUAUACCGGGAGACGGAGCUAAGCAUCAUGCGAGAGAUAUCAGUGGUCAGGUCGGAGGUGCGGUUCAUGAUCCGCACCAAGAACGAGCGGGACAUCAAGGUGCUGCCGACGUGGGCGGCCAAGGCGUGGAACCCGCGGGGUACGGGCCCGUCGCAGACGCUAUGGCGGUUUCUGCUGUUGAAGGUGCUCACGCUACUCUCCCACCACUCUCUCCCCGGCAUAUACUUGUACCGACUGGCGAGCACCUCGUCGGUGAACCCGGAGAGCCAGCCGGUCGUCAUGAUCGGCCAGUUUCACGGCGUCCGCCUCAUUCCGCCGGUGGACACCAGCACACACGCGAGCUGGUACAAGAAGCACCUCUUCUUUGCCAAAAACGACACCGACCAAGGGGAGCUCUCUGCGGCAAGCCACCAACGCUGGACGCGGCAGUUGUGGGACAAAAACGGGGUCUUUUGCAAGAGGAACGUGCACGCCGCUCGAGCCGGAGGGGCCCAGGAGCUGGCCAUCGACGGCACGCCGCGCGCCGAGAUCGCGGAGCUGGGUCACUGGGCGCUCAACAAGAUGACGCGAGCGUACAUCACCGCCAUUCCGGUGGGGGUGGUGAUGAAGAAGGCCGGUUACUCUGGUUACAAGCAGGACUACUUCUUGGGCCGGAGCAGGGUGGAGCCCUCUGAUAAGCUCUUGAAGCUCCUCGCCGAGCACAUCUUCCCCGGCGUCGACGACAUGCUGAAGACGGCGGAAGGGAAGGGUGCCGAGGGGUCCGACGCCGACAAAGCCGCGGUGCACUUCUGGCGCACACUCCAGAUGCUGCGCCGCAUCAUCACCGAGGACCUAGCGGUGAAGCUGGUCCGCACACCAUGGCACCCGUACGUCCAAGGCUCCCUACUCUGCCGGAUCCCCCUCUUCCAGCACUGGGCGAAAUGGGUCGAGAGGGUCGACACCGAGACGAUCAACAAGCGUCGGGACCCGACCCAAAUUCAGGAAGAGGAAAUCUCUGUCCUCAUGGACACCGAGUACUACAACAUAUCCCUCAAGGCGAAGCUGACAAAGGAGAUGGAGCGUGCCGCGAACGAGAAGAUUGACUUCCUGGAGGAGCUCGAGAAGCGCGACGACACCAUCGCGUCUCUCACCGCCGAGAUAACCCGUCUCACCGAGGCACUCCGGGUGUCAGAAGCACGGAGAGUGCCGGAGGCCCCGCUGUGUGCUACCGCGCAAGCUCCCAGCGAGGGUGGCUCGGCGGAUUCGGCUAACAUGGGAGCCGGCGCCGACGGAGGGGACGACAAACCCCCGCCACCCCCACAGACGGACGUGGAGGCUAGUUACGAGCUCAACGUGGUACAACCGUGGCGGGAGGCCAAGACCGUGAGGGACGCCUGGCGCCUCUGGAACUCCGCCACCGCUAAUGACACCCGUCGGCUUCGCGACAGGAUGGCCGAGCCGGGGUUCAUCGACCGCCACACCCUCCUCGCCGGCGCGACGCAGGGUGCACUCAACAAGAGGGUGCGCCGCAUGCUGAAGGUCAUGGAUGCGGUGCGCCAGCUAUGCGCGAGCGACGGCGACGCCGACACCGAGGCCGUGGUCGACACACUGCACAGGAUCGCGGCAUCGGGCAUCGGGACCUUCGCCGAUGCCCUCACGGUGCUCAAACCGGGAACGGCACCGAUGUUGUCCAAAGAGCCUGGUUUGGGAGUCAAGGGGUUGGGCCCCAAGGUGGUGUUGAAGCUACGCCUCGCCUGUGCGCUUGUGGCGCUCAACUUGAAGCAGAGUGAUUGGGUCGAAACCCUGUUUCCAGACACGUGGGAGGAGCAGAUGCCAAAGACCAAGGCCGACCUGGCGAAGCCGACGGCCCCGGCCAAGUCGACAGCACCGGCCAAGCCGACCGCUCCGGUGCACCGUCCUCCGACCAAGCGCAAGAAGUCGGCAUGA